AUGUCUAGAGGUGGUCGCGGCGGCUUCGGCCGUGGAGGUGGUCGCGCAGGUGGCGGAGGUGGCUCCAAUAUGCCGCCCAUGGGUCUCAGCUUCCAAGAGCUCAACACGCUUGACAAGUCGCCGUCUAAGCUGUAUCCAGAACCGCCGACGGUGCCGCGUAUGGAGAGACCAGACGACAAGGAGAUCCGCUACGCAUCGUAUCAGCUCAUGUACCUGCAGGAGCAAAAGACAUCCGCCUACUGGCCCGUUUUGGAACAGCGCAAGCAGGGCGACCUCACGCGAUUCUCGGAUCGGUACCGACCAGAGUCGCAAGACCUUCCUUCGCUCAAAUCGAUAAACCUGCAGAAAGAGGUGUUUCCAAAGGGACUCUGGGACUCUUUCAUGGAAGGAGAGACGAAGAAGGAAGAGCUCAAAGCCAAAAAGAAGGCUCGUCGCAAGAUCAACUGGGACUCGAUCGAUCUCGAAGACCGCGUUGGCGCCGAAGACGAUGUCGGCGAUGUCUCGUCCGAGGGCGAAAACCAGGGCGACUACGAGGACGAAGUCGACGAUGACUACGCAGAGAACUACUUCGACAAUGGCGAGGAUGAUGACGUCGGCGACGAUGAUGGCGGCGAGCCUGCCUAUGAUUGA